AUGACGCAGCCGGAUCAAUCACGGCUGGGCAUCACACCGAUGCAAACAAAGAAGAUGACCGGCAAAGAGGCGAAGGCGGAGCAAGAAGCCGCAAAGGCGCGCAAUCAAGCUUUGAUCAAUAACUUGACACAGGAGCAGCGCGAGGCCAUGAACCAGACAUUCAAGCGCUACAAUGAUGAUGACGGAUCAUUACUGGGGAUCGACAUUCAAGUCCCCAGAGAAGAGGGCAUUCAGUGGAGCGAUGACGCUGAUGUCGAGGCGAUGAGAUUGGCGCUCUAUCAAGCGCAAGGAAGCGUGCGCAGCGCAAAAGACGAGCGCACGUGGAAAGAGCGUCGCCAAGCUCAGCACAACGCGUGGAAGCCCCGCAUGGCUGCGUUAAAGACUAUGUAUUUGAAGUGGAAGUACAAGUGGCAGGGGAAGGAGGACUCAGAUGGCGCCGAGGACGGGCCCCGAUCAGCGUCCGAGAUUCCCGCUUCCGAGCCGAUCCGUGCGACCGAGAAGCCCUCCGAUCAAUCUUCCCCUACCCUGCAGCCGCAGCCGAGUGCUUCUCCGCUCCUGUCGGGCUCAGACGUUCAGGUCCGCAAGGUGGCGUGCAUAGACCUGAAUACCCUCCAAGUACAAGUGGACUAUGAGGUGGCGAGCGACCAGUUUCCUUGCGAGGCGCUCGCCGCGCGCGGCUAUCUCGCCACAACGCCUUCACAGCCGGAGCUCGCCAUGUCAUUUGACACAUUGGAGCUAUUCCGGACCAUCAAGCUAUUCAAACCAUCCUUUAGCACGGAGGCGUUCGCAAAGAUGGCGUGUUACAAAUAUGAGAUGGGCUACCGCCGGCAUUAUCGCACAGCGCUGGGGGACGCUUACGACAUUUACAUUGAGAUUCUCGAGGACGUCCAGCGUGACGUCAUGUCGGCGCUCGGUUGGGAUACGCUGGACUGGCGCGCGAUCCACGGCUGUCCGCCAUGCGGCUAUGAACUCGAGGACGAGGAACCCACGGAGUGGGACAAGAAGCUGGGCAUGGAUGGUGGCAAUUCCCUCAAGAGGCUCGCACGCAGCACGCAAGAUGUUGCGGACACGCGUGAAUUCAAGAACGACCUUAUUCUCCCUCGCCCCUUUGUCGAUCAGCACGCCAAUGAGGUUCUGAAGCGCCAAGAUGAGAUCCUAAAGAUACCGAGGGCGAUCCCACGGAUGGUGCCGACGGCGAACCCCUCACCAUGCGCGACAAAUUGGAAGGCUGCUGAGGCCGAGGUGAAGAAGCACGCUUACGGCGCCUUCGAGGAGACUGGAAUCUUCGCGUCGUGCUGCAGGCACGGGAAGAUGCUGUGGAUUGCGGACAUGGUCAGGAGCGGGGAAAAAGCUAAAUAUGGCCUUUCUAUCGUCAACAAGAUCAACCAGUGCCUCCCAGGCCGAAAGCUCUCUUCUCCAUCACCCCAACAUCAUCAAGGCGCCGGCAUUGAAGAUCUGGAGAUGCUCGAGCGCGUGUUCAGCGGAUCAAACUCGCUCGCAUCAAUUGUUCGCUACGCUAGUGGCUACCGCCGCCACCUGCUGAUCGUGCAGUACUUCCGCCAGUGGGACUACGACAAGUACACAAAUCUGGGGCGCUUCCUCUUCAACAAUUUCGUCCAAGCGCUCCGACUCGUGGAUGCAGGCGAACUCAAUCUCGACCUGCUUCUCCCCCGCAUCAAUGUCACGCGCAACGACCUCGCAAACCUUGCUGCCGAGGAGUCCGCCUACUUCUCUACCCUCCGCGAUGAGCCGGGGUUGGACCAGAGCUCCGUGGAGUACGUCGAGAAGCUCGAGUACCUUCGUUCCUUGGAGUAA